UCCACUGUGAAAAGCCCUCAAUUUCCAUCUGGUGAGAGUCGAAUUCCUAAUUGUGCUUUUGUCUCGCAAGCUCCAAUUGGAUUUGAAUUUCCUCGAUUUCAUUUUCAUUGCUCUCCUGACAACGGAUUGACGGAAUCGCGAGCUUUCUUCACACUUCAAACUGUUCUUGUCAUAAUAUUUCGGGAAUGUGGCACUUAAUUGGGAUAACAAUCCUUCUCCUCGUCUCAAAAUCUGUCGAUAUCGAAGGGUCUCAAGACGUAUAUCUGCGCAACAAUGAGAGACAGAAGAUGAUCAAUUGGUUGGAAGCAAUGAAAAUGGGUCUAGCUUCCCACGAUGCAACUUGGAAAGAAUUAAAAGAUUCUCUGAGGCAUUUGCAGAGAAGGUCGAUCAUAAAAGUUGGCUUUCACGAUGGUCCGACAAUGCAUAGACUGAGCUCAAGGAGCCCCGCAUUCGCAACAUGGUCAUUCUGGCCGGAUAUCGAGAGUGAUAAGGAACGCAGAAAUCCUUCCUUCAGUCCCUGGGGUGGUAAACGUGACUCGAGUGCUUACAAACCCGAUCCCAAGAUAAGGAGGCCGGCGCGAGUGCCGUUCAACAGUUGGGGUGGCAAGCGCGAUGGUGAACAUACAGAUGUCAUUAAGAAACCAUUCAACAGCUGGGGUGGCAAGAGGUCUUUAGUUAUCGAGGAUAUCUUACGUGUGCCAGCCAGUGAUAUCUUGAGAAAUUCCUGGCAUCAUUCAAUUAUUAAUAAUCCCAAAUCAGUCGUUCUUGAUCCUCACGAUUUCCUCAUGAGUGAUUUCAAUCAAAUGGAGAAGAAGGAAUUCUUGAAUGCUGAAGGCAUGGCUGUCAAUAACAAUCUACCGAGGGUGCCGUUCGAUCCCUGGGGCGGGCGAAAACGCGAAAGCGACGAAUCGAGCGAGAUCGAUAUAACUGUUGCACCCUCACCUCAUAUUGAUUCUGAAUAAAGUACAAUCCUAUUAAUUGUCAUGAAAAUUAUGCCCAUUUGAAUCCCGAAAAAUAUCCUUGAGUUUUGUUCGGCAGUGAUGUUACGUGUAGUCAAUAGACAGAUUAUAAAACAUUAAAUAGAUAUCGAAACGUAAAUAAAUAUAUGAAUAAAUUAGUAGAAAUUCGACUCACCGUAUCACCAUUCAACGGCCAAUGGGGAGAGUGGAGGAUCAGGUGGCGAUUUCCUGGAAGAGUUGAAUAAUAUAUGAGAAUUGAGCAUUAAACAUGGAUUUAUGAGGAUGAAAUAUUGUAUUUGAAUGAAGUACCUGUGAAUAAUACAGUUGAUAAAUAUUU